AUGGCCACCAAGAAGUUAAAGGACAAGAAACUGAAGGACAAGUUUACCGUCCGUAAGUCACUCGUUUCAUCACUAGAAACAGUCGAGUCCUUUGUGGAAAAUUAUGAGGAAGACCGCGAUUUCCCUCAAAUACCGGUUUGGUUGGACUUGGUGGAUCAAGUGUACCGUGAGUAUGUGAAGGUACAAUCAGAGAUUGAAAGGAUGGACGGUGGAGAUGCUCCGUUAGUGAAACAUCUGCAGGAACGGAGAGAAUUUGAUUCCAGGUACUGUGCCACAAAGGGUUGGUUGAUGAAUUGCAGAUCAGUUGAGUUGAAUUCAACCAGCAAUGCCACCAAUAUGAACGUACCGCAACCGUCCAGUUUCCACUUGCGGCUUCCAAAAAUUGAUUUGCCAAAAUUCGAUGGUGAUUACUCACGGUGGCUAGGAUUUCGGGACACAUUCAAGUCCAUGGUGCAUGAUGUCGCCGAUAUCCCAUUAGUUGCCAAACUUCAAUUCCUGCUCCAGUCGUUGGAAGGAGAGGCACGCAAGCCUUAUGAAACGGUGGACAUUGAAUCAGCAAACUAUCUAACCACUUGGGAGGCACUCCUCAAGCGCUAUGACAACAAGCGCUUUCUCAAGAAGCAGUUAUUCCGUGCGCUCCAUGAUAUUGCUCCAAUUCGUAAAGAAUCCCCGCAGGAUCUCCACAACCUUGUGGACGACUUUCAACGUCACGUGAAGGCAUUAUCGAAGCUUGGAGAGGCAGUAGAAACCUGGGACACACCGCUGGUAUGUAUGCUGUCCUACAAAAUUGAUCCAAUAACCCUCAGAGCCUGGGAAGAAUAUGCGGCAAAAUCGGAAAAUGUUGGAUAUGAUGCGUGCGUGGAGUUUUUGUAUCAGCGGGUUCGCAUACUACAAACGGUUUCGUCGGAAAUACAACAUCGCUCUCAAGCAGCUCCGGUUAAAAUGAUCGGUUCAAAUACUGUCACCAAAAAGAUUCAGUCUCAUAAGUCGGUAGCCAAUACAGCGACUUCGAGCUCCCGCGCAAAUCCUCCCACCUGCUUGGCGUGUUCUGAGAAGCACCUGUUGUUCCAGUGUGCUACAUUCCAAGGACUCACCGUCGGCCAACGUCGAGAACUGAUCACACAGAAACGUCUUUGCUGGAACUGCUUCAAAUCAUCUCAUAUUGCUCGGAAUUGUGAUUCGAAGUACACGUGCCGCCAUUGUCGUGAACGGCAUCACACACUGCUGCACCAGUCGCCAACCUCAAAUCUGGCACCAAAGGUUACAGCAAGUUCGCCGGCUCAGCAAGCAGCUCUAUCUACGAUUGAUCAAGGAAAUCCAAGCGGAUCGGUAAAUAUUCCAACGGAAGUAAGCGUGCCGGCUCAUCGUAGUUCUCCUAGCGCCGUUUUUCUUUCCACGGUGGCACUCUGGAUCGAGGAUAGAUUCGGAAAACCACAUUCUGCUCGUGCAUUGAUCGACUCGGGGUCACAGUCGAAUUUCAUUUCGAAAAGGCUUGCUCGUCGUCUGUGCCUGCGAUCAGAACGAGUAAGUGUCCCCAUAACCGGUAUUGGGGAAGCAAACGUGACGGUCACGCAAUCCGUCCUUUCCACCAUCCGUUCCAAAAAUGAUGAAUUUUCGAGUGAAUUGGAGUUUUUGGUUCUCCCGAAGCCAACUGCAGAGCUUCCGUCUACUAAUGUUGACAUCUCGUCAUGGAAAAUACCGCCAAACGUUGCUCUAGCCGACCCCACGUUUAAUAUUUCUGGACGCAUUGAUUUGCUCCUUGGCAUCGAGCAGUUCCACGAGUACCUGAAGAAUGGCAGAAUCAUCCUCGGCGAAGGCUCUCCAGUCUUAGUUGAAACAGUGUUUGGUUGGGCCGUAAUUGGCCGUUGGUAUGGCACAUCCCCACCCUCCUCUCCAGUUUGCCAUGCAGCUCUGACCCCGUGCAGCCUAGAAUCAGUCUUGGAAAGAUUCUGGGAAUUAGAAGCAGUAGAGUCUGGCCGACUGUAUUCAGCAGAAGAAACUUCCUGCGAGGAACUUUAUAAGUCUUCAACUACACGCAACGAUAGUGGACGAUAUGUCGUCCGCCUUCCACGAACGGAUAAUCCAAAUAUCCACCUAGGCGAAUCAAGGAGCAUAGCCGAGAAACGCUUUAUGAGCUUAGAACGACGCCUUAACCGGGACGAGGCCACAAAAACGGCGUACCACGAAUUCAUGGAUGAAUAUCAACGACUUGGUCAUAUGCGGAAGAUCCCCGAUCCAGUCGAUGAAACUAGUGUCCAUAGCUACCUUCCGCAUCAUCCGGUUUUCAAAACCACGAGUACCACUACAAAAACCCGCGUCGUGUUCGACGCCUCGUGCCGCACUACGUCUGGUUAUUCCUUGAACGAUCUUCUUCUCGUCGGCCCGGUAGUGCAGGACGACCUGUUAUCGAUUGUGAUGCGCUUUCGUACCCGACCGAUCGCACUUGUAGCGGACAUAGAGAAAAUGUACCGCCAAAUCGAGGUCCACCAAGAAGAUCGUCCACUUCAACGAAUCCUAUGGCGAAAACAGCCGUCAGACCCGAUUUCCACGUUCAAGCUGCAAACGGUCACGUACGGGACCGCUUCAGCACCAUUCCUCGCCACUCGUACUUUGGUUCAACUCGCCAAGGACCAAGGCGAAACCUUCCCCUCCGCGCAGAGCGCGGUGCUGGAAGAUUUUUAUGUUGACGAUUUCAUCAGUGGAGCAGAUGAUAUUCAAUCAGCCAUCCAGCUACGUCGUCAAGUAAGCACCAUGCUGCAUUCUGCUGGAUUUCCACUACGGAAGUGGGCAUCCAAUUCAUCGGCCGUUCUAGCAGAAAUUCCCGAAGCUGAGCUUGGAAUUCAGCCAUUUUACGAUCUUUCUGACGACCAGUCAGUGACAACGCUUGGGCUGGUAUGGGAACCAGGCUCAGACACACUCCGCUUUAAAAUUCAGCUGCCACAUCCAGCAUCUACACUCACUCGGAGAAACGUACUUUCGUACAUCGCCCAGAUUUAUGACACACUCGGCCUCGUUGGGCCUGUUAUUUCUACCGCCAAACAGUUUAUGCAACGCUUGUGGGCACUUUCUUCGAGCAACGGUAAACCGUACGAUUGGGAUCAACCGCUUCCGGAAAAACUUCAACAUGAAUGGAGGGAAUUUCACGCUACCCUCAACAUGCUCAGCGACAUUCGAGUUCCACGUUUUGCUUCGGUGGCCGGAGCAACCAACCUCCAGUUGCAUUUCUUCUCCGAUGCGUCCGAGAAAGCGUAUGGCACCUGUGCCUAUUUGCGCUCUGUAGACAGUCACCAAAAUGUGCACGUGCAGCUUCUAACGGCCAAAUCGAAGGUCGCACCAUUAAAGACACGCCAUAGCAUCGCUCGCUUGGAACUCUGCGGAGCCCUUCUUUCAACACAGCUGUUUAAAAAGGUAACUGCUUCGAUAAAGGUUAACGCUGAUGUGUUUUUCUGGGUAGAUUCUAUAACGGUGCUACAAUGGCUGAAGUCAGCGCCCUCCUGCUGGAAGACAUUUGUGGGCAAUCGCGUGUCCAAAAUACAAGAAGCAACGAGCGAGCAUUCCUGGAAUCAUGUCCCUGGCAAGGACAACCCAGCCGAUGAACUUUCCCGAGGCUUAACACCGGCCGAACUACUUCACCAGACGCGAUGGUGGACCGGACCAACCUGGGUUAGUCUCACCAAGCAGCACUGGCCGAAUCAAUCAGGUGAUAUCGAUACAGCGUCCAAAACAUUCGCCGAAGAACGCAAGGUGUGUUUAGUGACAAUCGCGCCUCAACGUGAUACAUUUUGUGAUCAGCUUUUCAACCAUUAUUCGUCGUACACAAAGCUGCGCAGGACCGUUGCGUACUUCCUUUUCUACAUGCGUGUACUGCAUGCAUCGGCCGCCAAAAAUCAACCGAAUGGUGUUUGUGCAAAAUCUUCGACGGCAAAGCUUGAACCAUUCUCCCACCUAACUGCUGCUGAUCUACAAGAUGCCGAGCUUAUUUUAUGUCGCCUUUCUCAGCGCGAUAGUUUUUCGAUGGAGCUGAAAGCUUUACGAGUCGGUAAACCAGUCGACAAUUCUUCAACUAUGAAGUGGAUCAAGCCAUUCAUAUCUAGCGAUGGUCUUAUUAGAGUCGGUGGGCGAAUACGACUUUCCGGAGUGUCUGAAGCCAUGAAACACCCAAUCGUUAUCUCCGGCAAGCAUCGAUUAGCCCUCCUACUGGCUGAACAUUUCCACCGAUCGCUAUUGCAUGCAGGCCCACAACUGAUGAUGAGCACAAUGAAGCAAAAAUUUUGGUUGAUUGCCGGCAGAGACCUACUUCGUCAUGUGUACCACCAAUGCCAUACCUGUUUCCGCCGGAAACCAAUUCUCGUCCAGCAGACAACCGCAGAUCUCCCGAGCUCCAGAGUAACUCCGUCACGGCCGUUUUCAGUAUCCGGGGUUGACUACUGCGGCCCAGUUUAUCUUCGUGGACCCCAUCGAAGGGCCGGUGCGGUUAAAGCAUACAUUGCAGUUUUUGUGUGUUUUUCUACACGUGCCGUGCAUUUGGAGCUCGUAGCCGACCUUUCUACAGCAGCAUUUCUUGCCGCCCUUAGACGUUUCGUCGCACGGCGUGGCAAAGUUCGCGAGCUACACUCGGACAACGCCACGAACUUUAAAGGGGCUGCGAACGAGUUAAACCAUCUCUACAAGCUACUGAAGACCAACGAUAGCAGCCGCAAACUUAUUUUCGACUGGUGUUCCAAUGCAGACAUCCCUUGGAAAUUCAUACCACCGCGCGCCCCCCAUUUUGGCGGAUUGUGGGAGGCGGCGGUUAAAUCUGCAAAGAACCACCUCCUCAAAGAAGUUGGCAAUACCACCGUCACCCAGGACGAGAUGCUGACGCUUCUCGCACAAGUGGAAAUGUGUCUCAACUCUCGGCCUAUUACCGAGAUGUCCAGCGAUCCGUCGGACUUGGAGGCCCUUACACCGGGUCAUUUUUUGGUGGGAUCGAACAUGCAAGCGAUUCCUGAGUUCGACUACAAACAACAACCCGACAACAGACUCACCCGCUGGCAGCUGAUACAGAAGCGAUUCCAGGCAAUAUGGAAGCGCUGGAACACCGAAUAUUUGCAGCAGCUUCAAGCACGCUCCACGAAGGGAAUUAAACCGGCCGUCGACAUUGAAGUUGGCCGACUAGUCAUCAUCAAGGAGGACAACAUCCCCCCAGCUCAAUGGAUGCUAGGCCGCAUCAUUGAAACUCAUCCCAGUCAGGACGGAAUAGUGAGGGUUGUCUCUUUGAAAACUGGAUCAGCCAACCAUGUCACCCGUCCAGUAACUAAAAUCGCCCUUUUGCCGAUGCCUUAUGCUUCUUAA